AUGAUCAGUGACACUCCAUUCACUCUAACACAUGACUCUAAGCUUGAUGACCUGCUGGCGGCAAACAAGCAAUGGUCCAAGAGCAUGAACAAUCUACAUCCAAGUCUUUUCCCAGAAUUUAACGGGAAGGGUCAACAACCACACACUCUAUUCAUCGGUUGUUCCGACUCCCGCUACAACGAAACCUGUUUAGGUGUGCUUCCGGGUGAAGUCUUUACCUGGAAAACUGUCGCAAACAUUUGCAACCCAGAAGACUUGACUCUUAUGGCUACAUUAGAAUUCGCAAUCAGAUGUUUAAAGGUUAACAAAGUCGUCGUGUGCGGUCACACCGACUGUGGCGGUAUCAAGACAUGUCUAACGGGCCAAUUAGAGCCUCUAAAAGAUAAAGAAGGUCUAAACUGCGGACAUUUGUACCAAUACUUGCAUGAUAUCGAUGAACUACAUCGCUCAGAGAAAGAACAAUUAGCCUCCUUCCCUACCUUAGAAGAAAAGAGCAAGUAUUUAUCACACUGCAACGUCAAGAGACAGUUUGCGCAAAUCAUGAAAAAUGACACUGUAAAGAAUGCAAUUGUAGCCCAAGAGCUAGAAGUCUACGGACUGGUCUACAACGUAGACUCCGGUCUGCUAGACCCCGUCAUCGCUAACUAA